AUGGCUGACAAUGAUGCGGGUGCGGGUGCUAUUGGUGGAGGUGGGGAUCAGGUGAACUCUCUGUUGCGAAAUGAAGAUGAUGACUCUGAAACCGUAGAGGAGAUGUUUAGAUAUGUAGAUAAGCUGAAGAAGGUCGUGGAAGAAGUCGGCGACAGCUUACUGGAGAAAGCUGAUCUAAAGGCUAAAAAACUUCAUUUGGCUACUCGUUUUACUGAAGAAAUGUUGACUACAAAUGAGAUUAAGCACUUUUUUGAGGAGAAAGCUAAUAUUAUGAUUGUGAGAGUUGAAAAAAAGUGGGAUGCGUGGGACGAGGAGCUCAAAGCUAAGGUCUUUGAGGCUCUUGUAGUUUUUCCUACUCAUCAAGACUUGAAGAAAGCCCUCGAUUUGGAAGGACGGGAAUACAACGGCAGGGUUUAUUAUCUUUCAGAAGUAGUUGGCAGAUUUGUUGUAUACGCAGUCGGUGACUUGGAAAAUAUUAGUACGGAUAAGGACAUAGUCGCACAAGAGUUGACACGCAAAUUCAAAAAAUGUGCGGUGGAGAAAAUAUUAUUGCCUUUAAACAAAGAGACUGGAGAAAUACUGGGGUUUGGUUACUUGGUGGUAAGGAGAGAUGAGUUAGCAGCAAAUCCUGAAGCACUAAAUCUUAAAGACCUGGAUGUACGUCAUUGUCCAGAGAUUAGAAAGGGACUGCUUAAGGCCUUGAUGAUGAAGAAUGGGAGCAGCGUUCACUUCAGCGGCAACAACAUUGGUCCAACUGAACCAUAUCCUUUUAACUUCCUUGACUCUCUUUUUUUACGUCUCACUGCCGAUGAUGAGGGUGCGGGUGCUAUUGGUGGAGAGUUAGAGUUACCUCCCGUCCACGUUGUAACUCCCCGUCCAUCAAAUGCAAAGUCAUCGGAGACACCAGUGUUGUUUGGAUGCAAGGUGUGCAGCCGAGUGUUUAACUCGGAAAAAGGAUUGCAGUCUCACACUGAGGCGAAACACAGUGCACCUGCUCGUAUUGUCAAGAAACAAAUGAAUGCGAAGAAGAGAAGAAGAGGGUCUCUCCAUAUUCAAAAUCCUCUUUAG